AUGUCAAAUAUUUCUUUAGAGACUGUACCCGAAAAUGUAUUAGGAUCGCGGAAUUUGGCCCAAAAAAUCGUCGAAAUCUGCUUGCUUUUCAUCAUUAAUGUGUUAGCUCUCGGAGGAAAUGUGUUGGUUUGUAUAACAAUCUACAGAAAGCGAGUGUUACGUACGAUUACCAACAUGUUCAUCGUUACACUGUGUGUGACAGACAUUUUGCUCGCGUCAAUUGCUAUGCCUCUCACUCUUGGAUCUUUGAUUAUGGACCACUGGCCAUUCGGUGAAUUGGUUUGUCAAAUUCAGGGAUUCAGUAUUCACCUCCUGGUUUUCCAAUCGCUUCAAAUCAUAACUAUAACAGCGUCGAAUCGAAACUUGAACGUGGUUCGUCCACAUUUUUACAAAAGAAUUUUUACGAAGCUGAAAACUUUGCUCAUUAUUAUCGCUAUCAGCCUCUUCACAGCUGUCAUAAUGGGAACUCUGGUUAUUUCACUCUCUUCGCGUUAUGUGUUCCACCCUCGAAAAGCCAUUUGCGUUAUGACUUUCCCGUCCAUCGAACACAGUCGUCGCUUCACGAUUAUCUUCAGUAUUUUCUUCGUAGCUUUACCCGCUGUUGUCAUUCUUGCGUGUUACGCGCGAGUUUUACACACAAUUCGCACUCACCGCCGAGAAUACGAAACCGCGCGAGGAGAACACGAUUCAAGAUCGAUUUUAAGCCGAGAAGAAGUCAAACUAUCCAAGAUUGUUUUCAUCAUCAUUUUAGGGUUUUCGUUAUGUUGGAUACCAUGUGUAAUUAUAGAUAUUGCAGAUACCACACAAACGAAGUGGUUUCCCCGCGAAGUCUAUAUGUUUUACACAUUUCUAGCCUACACCAGUGCAGUUUUAAACCCUUGGAUAUAUGGUUUUAUGAACAAAAUGGUUCGAAAAGAGAUGUAUCAUUUAUUAACGUUAUGCAGAAUUCGUUCUUAA